AUGAUCAGCUCACCAAGAAAUUCGGUAGCACACAACCAACAAGCUAAACUUGCAGUAGAUUAUAAUGAAUUACUCAAGGAGUUGUCCUCCCAUGAAAUGACGUCGGUUGGAUGUUAUACAAUAGGGGAAACUAUUGGCGAGGGCAGCUUUGGCAAAGUCAAAAAAGGAACUCAUAAACUCACAGGCAAAGUAGUUGCCAUCAAAAAAAUCAACAAACAACAUGCACCUUUAAUGGCCCGAGAAAUACACCAUCAUCGCCAGCUUAAGCAUCCCAACAUUAUCAUGCUUUAUGAAAUGAUCACCACUGAAUCUGCUAUUCAUAUUAUUUCUGAGUACUGUCCUAAUGGUGACCUUUUAGAUGCAUUGACUGAAUCUGGACGAUGUAUGGAAAUACGAGUUCACAAAUGGUUUCGUCAGCUGACAGAUGCGCUCAGUUAUUGUCAUACGCGUGGCAUUGUUCAUAGAGAUUUAAAGUUGGAAAACAUUUUGUUAGAUGCUGAAGAUAAUGUCAAAAUCUGUGAUUUUGGUUUUGCUCGGUUUACUCAAAAGAAUCAAUAUCUUGAAACAUUUUGUGGUAGUCUUAGUUACUCUGCUCCAGAGGUUAUUUUAAGAAAGAAAUACACAGGGCCAGAAACCGACAUUUGGUCUCUUGGUGUUAUUCUGUACACUUUGAUUGCUGGUGAAUAUCCUUUUGAUGAUGAUUCUGAAGUAAUGACACAAAGAAAGAUUGUUCAAGUCGAUUAUGAAAUGCCUUUUUACUUCUCUUCAGAUCUGAGCAGUUUAGUGACCAACAUGCUUCAAUUCAAUCCUUGCGACCGUAUUACUUUUGAUGCUAUUGAAACACAUCCUUGGGUAGUUCGGUUAGAUAACGCAAGCGAUGAUGAAGACGAUGAAGAGGAAGCAUGUCUGACACCCUCUUCUUCAACCACCACUCACCAAUCUGCAUCCGAUGCUGACUCUAUUUUUUCUCAGCAUGAAAACACAAUUGCAUUCGACGACGGCAUGACAUCCACUGAUUUCCAAUUGUCACCCGACCUCAAGUUUUCACCUCAAGUACGAUCUAGUUUAGGCAUCUCAAAGCAACAACACAAAUCACCACGUUUCUCAGCACCCACUUUAAACCGUCGAUCGAAUAACGCCACGAAUCAACCUGCCUCUCCUUUGUUGCAAUCAUCGUUUCGAUCUUCAUUGCCUUCGUCAUUUUAUCAACAAUCACUUCAUCAUGAAACACUCAAUAUGACGCCCAUUGAACAGCGUCUCUUUGCCGCCUUAACUGCAGCUGGAUUUGACCGAGACGCUUUGAUCAAGAUGCAGACAGGUGAAUGUGACACGUCAAGUACGCUCUGGCAUUUAUUGUUGGAAAACAUGUCUCAACAACACCAGAAGCCUAUAUCGAAUGUAUCAGAUGCUUUUGCUUUUGCUGUUCAGGCUCGUCAGCCUUUGAUGGAAUCGACUUCAUCACUGGAUUUAGAUGCAAAAAAGGCAGUAGACCAAGGUACACAGACUUUGGAUGAGAAUGAACCGAUCCAAUUACCGGAGUACAUUCAGCCUUACCCUAAACCAGCUGUCAAUGUUCAACAUAAAAUCCAAACCAUAGGAUUUGGUUCUCAUCAGCCUGAAAAGCAAUCAGGUUGGUUCACCUCUGUAAAAUCAUGGUUUGGAUCUAAGCAACAACAACAACAACAACAACAACAACAACAACAAAGAGGUCGUUCUCUAUCAAAUUGCUCAACCAUAUCAUCACCUAUUGCUUCACCUUCUAGCUAUCGUAACUUUGAUACGCCCAUGGUUGAUCAUACUACAACUGACUCAUUAGAGACAAAUGUAAUGUCACCACCCAUUUACAGAACAGGAUCACAAAAAUACCGCCGACGUGUGUUACAAUUAUCUGAUCCUCCUGUAUGUGAAUUAGACCAACUGACAUACAAUGGAACCACUUCUACUGUUCCUCAACACACAAACCAAAAUACAGGUACUACAUGCAGUUAUCGUAUGAAGGCACCUUCUUCAUUAGGUGUUCAUGUCCCUCCUACAGCAUUAACAUCAGCAACUCGCCUUGCGACAGAUACAUUCUCUAUAUUAACAACAGAAUCUUCGGAACCUCAAGAAGUUGAUAUGUGCCAAAAACGAUAUUCCCUGCUGUACAAUAGUCAUAGACAACAAAAACCACCUGUUCAAUCCAAUGCUCCUCCUCUUUCUCCUUCUCCAGAAAAAUUCACAAAAGAAAAAAGUGAGCCAUUAUCUGAUUUCUCUUCAGACAGUAGCAGUGAAGAGGAAGAAUCGAAUAUAAUCAUAGACAAUAAGCCUUUGACCUCUCCUCAUCCUCCUCAACAAAUGAAUGGGAGUAGACUUCGAUCGUCUCGAUUUGAAUUUACGCCCAGAUCCCGUCUAAGUGCUUAUGGCAUGCAAGAACAAAGAGGUGCUUCCUUUGGCACAAAAGCCAUCAUAGAAGAAGAAGAGGAAGAAGAAGAGUAA